AUGGCAGAUCUGGUACCAAUUGUUGCUAAUGCUGAAAGCAAAACUCCUGAAGUCACUGAAAGGUGGACAGUUUUGAAUUCUGCUGUGAAACGAGGUGAACUUGACACUGUAAAAUCUCUAGUGGAAAAUGGCGCUGACGUAAAUAGCAGGACUGCUGGGAAACGGACAAUUCUUCACUCUGCUGCCGAAGGAAGUGAACUUAACAUUGUAAAAUACCUUGUCGAACAUGGUGCUGAUGUGAAUGGCAUGACUAUUGAUGGUAAAACAGUUCUGCACUCUGCUGUUGAAGGAUGUAAACUUGAAAUUGUAAUAUAUUUGGUGCAACAUGGUGCUGAUGUAAAUGGCAAGACAAUAGACGGCAAGACAGUUCUGCACUCUGCUGCUGAAGUAGGUGAACCUGAGACUGUAAGAUAUUUAGUGCAACGUGGUGCUGCGGUAAAUACAGUGACUCGAAAAGGGUGGUCGGCUCUCCACUUUGCUGCUAGCAGUUGUGGACUUGACAUUAUAAAACGUUUAGUUGAACAAGGUGCAAACGUGAGAGGCCGGAGUACUUUUGGGUGGACAGUUCUGCACUCGUCUGUUAACUUGAAUGGUGAUCCUGAUGUUGUGAAAUAUUUAAUCGCACGUCCUGCAAAUGUACAUGAGGAGAGUUCUGAGGGGACGACUGCUUUGCACUUUGCUGCUGAAAAAGAUGAACCUAAGAUUGUAAAAUUUUUGGUCGAACGUGGAGCAGAUGUAAUUAGUGUGGAUGGUGACGGGAUGACAGUUCUAGUUGUUGCUGUUAAAAAAGGUACAUUUGAGAAUAUAAGAUAUUUAGUAGAACAUGGUGCUGAUGUUAAUCGCAAGACUAUUGAUGGACGGACUGUUCUGAACGCAGUUGUUAAGAAAGGCGAUCUUGACAUUGUAAAGUAUUUAAUUGACCAUGGUUCUGAUGUAAAAAGCAAGACUAGUGAGGGUUGGACCGUUUUGCACACUGCUGCAAAGAAAGGUAAAAUUGGCAUUUUAAAAUAUUUCGUGGAACACGGAGCUGAUGUGAAUGCUACGACGUCUGAGGGUUGGACAGUUCUUCACUCUGCUGUUGAUGGAGCUGAACCUGACAUUGUAAAAUAUUUAGUUGAACAUGGUGCUAAUGUGAAUGGCGUGUCUGCUCGCGGUAAAACAGUUCUUUACUAUGCUUUUGAAACGGGUGAACCUGAAAUUCUAAAAUAUUUAGUCGAACAUGGUGCUAAUGUGAAUGGCAUAACUACUUUAGGAAGGACAGUUUUGCACUUUGCUGUUGCAAGGCGUGAAACUAAAAUUGUAAAAUAUUUAGUACAAAAUGGUGCUGAUGUGAAUGGCAUGGCUACUGACAAGAGGACAGUGCUGCACUCUGCUGCGGAAGUAGGUACACUUGAGGCUGUGAAAUAUUUGGUAGAACACGGGGCUGAUGUUAAUCGCACGAGUAUUGAUGGGACGACAAUUCUGCAUUCAGCUGCUAGAAGAGGCGAACUAAUCAUCGUGAAAUACCUAGUCGAACAUGGUGCUGAUGUAAGUAAAAAAAACCCUGAAGGACAGACAGUUCUGCGUUUUGCUGCUGAAAAAGGUGAACUUGACAUGGUGAAAUAUUUAGUUGAACAUGGUGCUGAUGUGAAUGGCAAAGAUAAUGACGGGUGGACAGCCCUGCACUCUGGUAGUGAAAGAGGUAAGCUGGACAUCGUAAACUAUUUGGUCGAAAAGGGGGCUGGUGUAAAUGACCGAACUACUAACGGGUGGUCAGUUCUGCACUCUGCUGUUGAUGGAGGCGCACUUGACAUUGUGAAACACUUAAUCGAACGUGGUGCUGAUGUCAACAGCAAUACGUGUGAUAAAAAGGCAGCUUUACAUAUCGCUGUUGAAAAAGGUGAACUUGAACUUGUAAAAUAUUUACUCGAACAUGGUGCUGAUGUAGACGCUAGAAAUAUUCAUGGGCAGACAGUUUUGCAUAUUGCUAUUGCAAAGUGCAGUACCGAUGCAGGCUUUUGUUGCGGAUAA